GGGCGCUUCCGGCCGUCGCCGGAUGUUGCGGCGCGGGCGCCUCACGAGAGAGCCGCGUCGGGCGGGAGUGCGGCGCCCGACUCCUCGCUGCCGCCUCCCGCGCCUUCCUCUUCCGCCGCUUCUUCCGCUGCCGCCGCGUCCCGGCCCGGCCCGGCCCUGCCCUCCCCUCCCUUCCCGCCGCCGCCCGGUCGCUGCUGACAGGAUAUGUAACAUGACACUGAUAUUCUGGACAGUUUAUCAUAGGAGCCUCUGUGAAGCUAUCUUUUUGAAGUAAUGCCAAUAGAAAGUGGAAGCUGUGCAGCUGCUCGCCAAGCAAAGCAGAAACGUAAAUCACAUAGUCUAUCAAUCCGAAGAACCAACAGUUCUGAGCAAGAACGGGCAGGACUGCAGAGAGACAUGUUGGAAGGGCAGGAUUCUAAACUACCUUCUUCUGUUCGGAAUACGCUUCUUGAACUCUUUGGACAAAUAGAGCGGGAGUUUGAAAACCUCUAUAUCGAAAAUUUGGAAUUACGCAGAGAGAUUGAUACGCUUAAUGAGCGUUUAGCAGCAGAAGGACAGACUAUUGAUGGAGCUGAACUGAGCAAAGGACAGCUGAAAACAAAAGCCAGUCAUAGUACCAGUCAGCUUUCUCAGAAAUUAAAGACAACUUACAAGGCAUCUACUAGCAAGAUUGUAUCCAGUUUUAAAACUACAACAUCAAGGGCAAUCUGUCAACUGGUAAAGGAGUAUGUUGGCCACAGGGAUGGUAUUUGGGAUGUCAGUGUCGCAAAAACUCAACCAGUGGUUUUGGGGACUGCAUCUGCUGAUCAUACCGCCUUGCUGUGGAGCAUAGAAACAGGAAAGUGCCUUGUCAAGUACGCAGGGCAUGUUGGAUCAGUAAAUUCCAUAAAGUUUCAUCCAGCUGAGCAAGUGGCUCUUACAGCAUCUGGAGACCAGACAGCUCACAUCUGGAGAUACAUAGUACAGUUGCCUACACCUCAGCCAACUGCAGACUGCAAUCAAAUGUCUGGAGAAGAUGAAAUUGAGUUCUCGGAUAAAGAUGAACCUGAUGGAGAUGGAGACGGUUCUAGUGAUUGUCCCACUAUCAGGGUCCCGCUAACUUCACUCAAAAGCCAUCAAGGAGUGGUCAUAGCAGCUGACUGGCUCGUUGGGGGGAAGCAAGCUGUGACAGCUUCAUGGGAUAGGACAGCAAAUCUGUAUGAUGUAGAGACCUCUGAACUCGUCCAUUCUCUAACAGGGCAUGACCAAGAGCUAACACAUUGUUGUACACAUCCCACCCAGCGUCUUGUGGUGACAUCAUCACGUGAUACAACCUUCCGUCUGUGGGAUUUCAGAGAUCCUUCUAUCCAUUCUGUGAAUGUCUUUCAGGGCCACACAGACACUGUGACAUCAGCAGUUUUCACUGUGGGAGACAAUGUUGUUUCUGGAAGUGAUGACCGUACUGUAAAAGUUUGGGAUUUGAAAAACAUGAGGUCUCCUAUUGCUACUAUCCGUACAGACUCUGCAGUCAACAGGAUUAAUGUAUGUGUUGGCCAAAGAAUCAUUGCCCUUCCACACGACAACCGACAGGUUAGAUUAUUCGACAUGUCAGGAGUGCGAUUAGCACGCCUCCCUCGCAGUAAUAGACAGGGCCACAGAAGAAUGGUAUGCUGCUCUGCAUGGAGUGAGGACCAUCCAAUAUGUAACCUGUUUACAUGUGGAUUUGAUCGUCAGGCUAUUGGCUGGAACAUCAACAUCCCUGCUUUGUUACAAGAAAAAUGAAAUGCUGGAAGUAUUUUUGCAUUUUAUGUUGCCAUGGACUUCUUCACUUUUGCAGACUUUUCUGAAUACUGGUCUGCUGUUGCUGUAAAAGCUCAUCCUUAAAUGGAGAGUUUUGCAAAUGUUGUUCUUGUUACCACAUUGUGCACAGUUUGCAUGAAUUGUACAGAAAAUGUGAUUUUUUUAAAAAAUAGUUUGUCUUGUGUAUGAACUUUUAUAUUUUGGCAUCCACUGGUCAAUAAGUUCACUGUUGCAUAGAGCACAUAAAUGUUCAUAAGUUAUUUAGCAUUUAUUAGAUAAACAGUAGGGCAUUACAUUUGUGACAUAAAUGUGAAAGUUACGUAGUUAUUGUAGAGAUUAUAUAGCAGUCUGUUACAUUUUUCCAUGACUCUACAUAUCUGCCUUGUGUUAAAAAGAAUCUGCAGGGCUAAAACUUUGAAAUGAAGUGUGAAUUUCAUUAGUCGUAUGAUUGUAAACAUUUUUCUGUUUGCAUCUGUUUGGAAUUUUUUUUUAGUGCUGCAAUAUUGUGCAACUUAACUCCAUUUUUGUUCUAGUUACUGGAGAAAUAGUAGAUUUGAGAAGGAAAAUACAAACAACUUGUAAUGAGUACAGAAUGCCAGGUUAAUUCAGGAUGCUUUUUGUACUUUUCUUUUUCAAAAGAAAAAUGUUCAUUCUGCCCUUCUUAUAUAAAACUGAUUCUAAUCUCAUAGCAUUUCACAUUAGCAAAAAUUCAGAAUAUUGUAAUUCUUAUCACUGAAAUCGUCAAGCAAAUUUUGAAGCACUUUAGUUUAUAGCUAUUGUUAUAAACCAUUUAUGAAAGUUUGACUUUACCAGUGAAUGUGAGUUAACCUUUAUAAGAAGGAUUUGCUUCUUUUUGGUGAUCUACCCAGAAAUGAAAUCAUGGUGUUUUUUCUGUUUUUUUGUUUUUUUUCGUAUACCUACAGUGAGCAUACUUUUAAUUGUGCUCACUUCCCUAAUUUUUAUUUUGAGCCAGCAAUACAAAGUAAAUGAGUACUACCUCAAAAAUGAAUGUUAAUCAAGAUGCAUUAAAUCUCUCUGUAGCCUAGAAAGAAAGCACUUUUGGACUCUGGCAGAAGUACAGUCUCUAACAUGAGAUGAAAGACAAUCAUACUAAAUGUGAUCUUUAAGAUAAUUAACACUUAAAGCUAAUGGAGCAAUACGAUAAGUAAACAUCGUCUGUCACCUUCGUGUUCUCAGUGACUAGGGCUGCAGCAGUCCCUGUUCUGUACCAAAAGGGGGUAAUUAGUAGGUUUCCCUUCUUUCUCCCAAAUGACCUUACUCUGGUUUUGCUCCUCACAGUUUAGUCUUUUUUGCACCAGCAGUAUGGUGUUAUACCACAGCUGUUGAUUGUAUAAGUAAAUGCAAGUCGCAGCUGACAUCUUCAGAAAGAACAGAAAGGCUGCUUCAGACAGACACUUCCUUUUACCUAAAGGGAGAUCCUGCUCCUAACUGUCUGACAUAUCACAGUAUCAGGUGAAGGGUUAGAGUAAUCCAAGGGUGUGCUCUUAUAAUGGGAUUCUUAGAGUUUAAAGUGGGUUACCAUAAGAUAGUAAGUAUUAUGGACUUUUAAUCACAUUCUUAUGAUUAUGUGAAGCUACAGCUGUGCUCAAGUCCUCUACAGCAGUGCUUAUGAUGAUAGUGAGGCUGAGUUGUAAACUGGUUCUCCUAUUAACUAAUAUAUAAAGGUAAAGGAGUGGAACGGGAUGGGAGAGUGAAUGCAUCACUGAGUAAUUACAGGGAAAGUGGGGUCCUAGAAGUGGUUUGGAGCAUAACACUGAGAAAGAUGAGAGGACCAAGGAAUUUAAUAGAGAGUAUAUGUGGUAUCUUCAUAGUACGGGUUGUCAUUGUAGCUUGAUCUUAAAUCCCUCGGGGGUUUUUUGAGGUAAAAGAUAUAUAAAGAACUAGUAUUUUAAAAUUGUUUCAGUACCAAAACUAGUGAGGUUGGGGAAAGCAGCUACACACUUUUGACUCUGGUUAUCAGAAGACUUAAAGGUUGCUGUUAAAGUUUAUUUUCACUUUUUUUCUUCCUGUGUUUUUAAUACCGGGAUAAAACCAUUUGAUGUUGGGUUGCAGGUUUUAUUUUUUAGGAAAAAAGGCUCACUUAGUUUUUGAAAGAGAGAACUUAGCACAGGUUGUUGCUCUUUAAAAAUGAGAGAAAUGUCUGUUCAGCCAGUAGAAGCAGUUUCUUCAGUGUGGCCUGUGCAUAGGUAUCUUGAGCAAAGAUUAACCCUUUAACUGUCUGAGGUGGGGAAAGGGUCACUGGUUUUGGUCCUGCUACACUAAAUUGUUGAGCUUCUCAAAUACAUAUGUAAUACAGGACCACUAGACUCUAUGCAGUUUAAUCAUCAUUGCUGCAAACUUUUUAUAUCACCAGAGGGACCAACCUCUGGCACCAGGAAUGGGAUGACUAACUCACUUUUACUUUGGGGGGGGGCGGGGGAAAUCAAUGAAGGUGCUAGAGCCACGUUCUUAUGAGCAGGCUAAUACUUAAUCAGCUAAAUACUAAAGUAUUGCUUAGCUUAAUUUUAUAUAGUGUACUGAAGUGUAAACUGAGGCCAUCAUUCCCCUUGAAGCAAAUCACACGAGCUGUGGUAGUGAACAAUGUUACAUUGACUAAAUAUGUGGAAAACAUUUCAUGGCUUUGAAUAUUCUAAGGAGAGCUUUUCAGCACUGAACGAUGUCCAACAUUUCAUAAAAUGGAGUAGAGUUGCAGUUACAAUUUCAGUAUUGAUGCAGAAUUUCACAGAAAAUUCAUCACUGGGCAAAAUCAAGCUUUUAUGUCUUUUUCUCUCGAGCAAUGCACAUCAGUUUUCACAAAUUUUGUAUAUAUGUUAAAAUCAGAAAAAUCUGGAGUAAGACAUCUUAUGUGUUGCCUAAAUCUGUGAAAACCACCUUUUUGGAAAAGAAUUUAUAAGUUAUGUGGAACCACUUUUUAUUAUUCUGCUAAUUUGUUUUUAGAUGUAAAUGUUUUUCUUCAUUAUGAUUCAAAAUGCAUUAAAACAGUCAAAACCCC